AUGGCUGAUCAACCCGAGCAGACCACCAAGGUGCCUGGUGGUCACUACAGUGGUCGCCACAAGGUCCCCAACAUCCAGGAGUUUAUGGCACAGCUGGAUACCGAGAAGAAGGAGCGCGACGCCGCCAUUGACGAGCAGCUCAAGGGCAACAAGAAGGCGGGCGAGAUCAAAACCCACGUGGCCGACAAGCCCCAGGAGAAGGAUCUGCGGACGGUCAGGGACCCUGUCACUGGUCGGGAUGUGGGCAUCCGCGAUGCCAAGGUCGAUUUCAAGGAGAUUGUCGAGAAUCCUCAGAUGUCUGUCCCCAACGCCAACAUCGGCAAGGACACGCCCCUAAAGGUCGACUCGAAAAUGUCUGGCGAGGAGUACCGCCAGGCCCAGGACAUCUCCGCGCCCCCAGAAGCGGACCCCAACAUCGCCAGUGACAUGCCCAUCCGCUCCGAGAAGACGUCUGUCCUCUUCUACAAGACCCCAUCGCGCAGCUACGAGCCCAUGUUCGAGCACCUGGAGCAGCGUGGCAACUUUCUUUGCGGAGGCAUCUUCAUUGCUAUUGUCUUCAUUGGCAAGUUCUUUGGCGGCCGUCUCCUGGGCUUGUUACCCCUGGGGGCCUGCGUGGCGUCGGGCGUCUGGCUCUGGAUCAAAGACCUCAUCCGCCAGGGUCGCGACAACGAGUGGGCCAGCGAGCAGGACCGAGGUGAGGCUGCCACCGCGAAUCUGAUCCCCGAGUCAGUGGAAUGGAUGAACACCAUGAUAGGCAUCGUCUGGGGGCUCAUCAACCCCGAGAUGUUUGCGAGUGUGGCAGAUACACUGGAAGACGUCAUGGCCGCCUCGGUGCCUGGCAUCAUUGAAAAUGUUCGAGUGGCCGACAUCUCGCAGGGCAACAACCCCAUUCGCAUCCUCAACAUGCGCGCCCUACCCGACUCCCAUGUCCAGGACAUCAAGGACGAGGCGUACAACAAGGCCAAGGAUGAAACCGACCCGGAGGAGUUGGCUGCCAACGAGCAGGCCGGCGACUUUUACAAUCUCGAGGUCUCCCUUGCGUACCAUGCUAAGCCAUCGGGCGCCGAUGUAGCCUCCAAGGCCAAGAACAUGGGCAUGCAGCUCGUCUUCUAUCUUGGCGUCAAGGGCCUCUUCGGAGUGCCCUUGCCCAUCUGGGUAGAGCUGCUCGGUCUCGUUGCGACUGCACGUAUCCGUCUGCAGAUGGUGCCUGAGCCACCUUUCCUCAAGGUCCUCACCUUCACAUUGAUGGGCGUCCCCAAGGUGCAGGCUGGAUGCACGCCCAUGAUCGAGAAGGGCGUCAACAUCCUGAACUUGCCCCUCAUCUCCAACUUUGUCAACUGGGCCAUUGGCGCGGCGGCCUCCAUGUACGUGGCGCCCAAGAGCUUGACCAUGGACCUCAGCAAGAUGCUGCAGGGAGACGACGUCAAGAAGGAGACGGAAGCGCUCGGCGUCAUCUUCAUCCGCAUCCACAAGGCUGUCGGCCUCAGCAAGCAGGACCAGCGCGGUAGCCGUGGUGGUGGUUCCGACCCGUACAUCACCAUCAGCUGGAGCAAGUUUGGCAAGCCUCAAUUCUGCACCCGCGUGAUCCAGGACAACCUGAACCCCAUCUUCGAGGAGAGCUGUGGCCUGUUGGUCACGAGCGACCUGAUCAGGGCCGACGAGCAGCUCUCCAUGGAGCUCUGGGACAGCGAUCGUGGAUCGGCUGACGACGUUGUCGGCAAGGUUGAGCUCAGCAUCCAGAAGCUCAUCCAGCACCCGGGCAAGAUGUUCCCCCAGGUAUCCCACCUGCAGGGUGUCCAGGCAGAGAGCAGCAUGCCUGGCGAGCUUCAUUGGGAGGUUGGCUUCUUUGGAAAGACGCAGUUCCGCAAGGCUCUCCGCACAGACGGUACUGAUCCCAACCUGCCCAAGGAACUGCAGGACAAGCCCGAGUUCCAAGAGGACAAAGGUGCCAUUGAAACCAAGGAGGAGGACGACGUCAUCCACACUCCCCCUGAUCCACUGUGGCCAUCUGGUAUCCUGUCCGUCAUUGUCCACCAAAUCGUCGGUCUUGAGCUGUCCAACAUCAAGGGUAGCGACGGCAAGCGCAAGGGCAAGGAGUACGAGCCGGCGCGUCCCGAGGCCGGCGAAGUCAAGGAGGAGACUGGCCGCAACCUCCCAAGCUCGUACUGCACCAUCCUGCUGAACGAUGAUCUGAUUUACAAGACCCGUACCAAGGUCGUCUCCUCGCAGCCCAUCUUCAAUGCCGGCACAGAGAAGUUCAUCCGCGACUGGCGCUCCGCCAUUGUGACGAUUGGCGUCCGCGACUCGCGCAACAGGCAGCACGACCCUCUCAUCGGCGUCGUGCCCCUCAAGAUCUCCGACAUCCUCCAAACCGCCAGUCAAUCGAGCCGCUGGUACCCCCUCGAUGGUGGCAUUGGGUUUGGUCGCGUCCGCAUCUCCCUUCUCUUCCGCUCGACUGAGCUCCGACUGCCUCCUCAACAACUUGGCUGGGACAUUGGCACCUUUGAGUUCUUGUCGAACGAGAUCACUGUGACCGGAGGCUACUCGCACAACUCUGCCAAGCUCAGGCUCAGGACAGGCGGCUCGUCGGCCAGCGUCAAGAAGGCGCAGAGCAAGAAGACGGAGGACGGCAUGACGCUCAACCUGCAGCGAUCCGACGAUCAGAACGAAACGAUUCGUCUCCCCGUCCGCCAUCGCUACAGGUCGCCCAUCUUCUUCGAGAUCACCCCUGGUGGCAAGAGGCAUGCGGAUGCUUUCGCAGCCCUCUGGUUGCUCGAGCUCGUCGACGGCGAGGAGAAGGAGUUUGAGGUCCCUCUCUUCAGGGUCGACAACAGUGUCCGCCUUUCGCAGAGCUACAUCACUCAGGAGAACUACAAAAACAUUCCCGACAUUGACAUUGAGGAGAUUGGACGCGUCCGCUUCAAGGGUCGUUUCUCUCCUGGAACGGAUCGGGACCAUAUCCGCUUCGUCAGCGACAACGACUCGCGCGAGACGAUUGAGACAUGGGAGGCUUGCUACGCGGAGGGUGUCCGCACGCAAGAGGUCGACGCCAAGCUUCCGGAGCACAUCCAGAAGCUGCACGAUGAGUCUCUGACUGAUGGUCGUGAUGUCCUCGCCCAGGCUAACGAGAAGGACAAGCAAAAGUGGAUGGCUAAGGACGGCACUGACUGGAGUGGUGCUUUUGGGAAAGAUCCCACGGAGCUCAUGGGCAGGCGCCAGCGCGGCCCCAGCCAGACGAGCGACGAGAACGAUCAGUACGAAUAUGACGACGAAGACGAUGAUGAUGAUGACGAUGAAGAUGGCGAGCCUGAUCUGGGUGUCCAAGACGCCGACAACCAAGAACAACCCAGACCCUCCGAAGGCUCAUCCCGUGCCGGCCCCCGUCCCUCCACGGCAACGGAUCGGACGGACGCAACGACCUCGUCAAAGAAGUCGAACGGUCCCAUCGGCGCGUACAAGGACUACAAGAGCCGCAGUCGGGACUUGCACCGCAAGCAACGUGGGCUGAUGCAAUGGCGACCGAUGCGAAACGCCAAGUUCGCGAAGGACGAGGCCAAGUACGCGUUCCGCAAGGUGAGGACGAUCGGAUCGCUGGACGGCCGCAAACCCGAUGUAGAGACAGAAGUCUAG